UGGGUCUGGUCAGUGGGUCAGUUGGUCAGUUGUUUGGUCAGUUGGUGAGGGGUGUGUUGGAGUUUCAGUGCAGGAUUGGGUGAAUGGUGAGGACCAGAGAUUACAGACAAUACGGCCACGUUUAGAAAAGAGAAGGCCAUGGCUGUGGCUCCUCUCUUGGUGAUUUUGGUUCAAGCAGCAAUACUGCCAGCUGUUGUUGGAGGGGCAUACUAUGGGCACAAACCGCAGUAUCAGCAGCACCAGCAGCACCAGCAGCACCAGCCGAUGCCACAAAUACCUCACAUGGGCAUGGGAAAAGAAAUGCCUCACAUGCAGUACCCACAUUAUAGGAAGGAGAUGCCACAACUACCUAUGCAUAUGAACAAAGGCAUUCAGGACAAAAAAGGUGAGACCAUUCCAAGAGGUGAUAGCAGUCAAAGAGGUGAGCAGGGUAUGCCUGGUGAGGCUGGACCACAAGGGCCUCCUGGACCUGCUGGACCGGCUGGACCUGCAGGACCUCCUGGACCUGAUGGACCACAAGGCACAGGUUUGCCCGGUCCUGCAGGUAAUCCUGGUCCAAUUGGCCCUCCAGGACCACCUGGAAUUGGUAAACCUGGAUUGGCAGGUGUUCCCGGAAAUCCUGGUGAUAUUGGACCAAAGGGACAACAGGGUGAACAGGGACCCAGUGGAGCAGAUGGCGAACCAGGUAUUCCAGGACCACCUGGCCCCCCUGGUCCCCAAGGCUUGCCAGGAAUUGGGAGACCAGGUGGACAAGGACUCCAAGGACAGCAAGGACCUAAAGGAGAACCAGGACACAAAGGGCUACCUGGCUUGCCAGGCUUACCUGGACCAAAAGGGGAUAAAGGAAUAGGACUACCUGGACCUCAAGGACCAAGAGGGCCACCUGGGCACCAAGGACUACCAGGACAUAAAGGACUACCAGGACAUGGCAGGCCUGGCUUACCUGGUUUGCCUGGUCCUGUAGGUAAACCAGGAGAACAAGGGCAGGCUGGACCACAAGGUCCCAUCGGCCAACCUGGUGAAGAGGGGCAGCAAGGACCACAAGGUCUUCCUGGUAUUGGGAAACCAGGAGAAAUUGGAUUACCAGGUCAGCCAGGUGCUCCAGGUGAUAAGGGAUUAACAGGUCCACCAGGUUUGCCAGGGAAACCUGGACUGCCUGGAUUUGGCAAGCCAGGAUUCCCUGGUCCAAAGGGUGACAAAGGAAUGGGAGGAUUACCUGGUGCUCUUGGACCAAAAGGAGACAAAGGAUAUGCAGGUCCACCAGGCAUGACAGGACCCCAAGGACCCAGUGGUCCAGCUGGUCCUCCAGGACCUAUGGGACCUCCAGGUAGUAUGGGAAUGCCAGGACCCAAAGGAGAAGGAGGUGAAGGUGGAGUAAAGGGGGAUCAAGGUCCAACUGGAGUACAAGGGCCUACUGGUCUUCCAGGCCAACCAGGUGAACCAGGUGAGGAUGGCGAGCCUGGGCCUAGAGGACCUCCAGGACCAAUAGGUCCCAAAGGAGACGGAGGAGAAAAAGGUCAACCUGGAUCUCCUGGAUCUCCUGGCAUGCCCGGUCUAAAAGGAGAGGGAGGUGCACCAGGUCCAGAAGGGCCGCAAGGUCCAAAUGGCAUUCCAGGUCUUACCGGACCAGCAGGACCAAUCGGACAACCUGGCCCACAUGGACCUAAAGGUGAGAAUGGCGCCCCCGGCCAAGCUGGACCUCCUGGUGAGGGAAGUCCUGGACCUGCUGGUCCUCGUGGAACAGAAGGUCCAAGUGGCCCAGCAGGACCUGCAGGUGUUCCAGGACCCCCUGGUCCUCCGGGGCCACCUGGACCACCUGCCCUGUCCCCGGAAAUGAUGGGAGUUCUGUCAGAAAUGGGACCAGCCCUUGAUGGAGUGAAGCCUGAUGGGUACAAAAAGGGAAAGUAUGGAGGCGGAGGUGAUGUGAUGGGUGCUAACGGUCUGGAGAUGCCCGCUUUUACUGCUAAGCUGACCACUCCCUUCCCUCCAGUUGGGUCACCAGUAGUGUUCGACAAGCUGCUGUACAACGGGCGACAGAAUUACAACCCACAGACGGGCGUCUUCACCUGUGACCUUCCCGGCAUCUACUACUUUUCUUACCACGUGAACUGCAAAGGUGCUAACGUGUGGGUGGGUCUCUACCGAAACGGAGAGCCCUUGAUGUACACCUAUGAUGAGUACAAGAAGGGCAUUCUGGACCAGGCCUCUGGUAGUGCCGUGGUUCCAUUACAACCAGGAGACACUGUCCACAUCCAGCUACCAUCCGAUCAGGCUGCAGGACUUUAUGCAGGACAAUAUGUCCACUCCUCUUUCUCUGGCUUCCUGCUGUACCCAAUGUAGACCACAAGGGACACAGAUAGAGAGAGGAAGGAAGGGAGAAAAGGGAGAACCUAGGUGAAAAGUAGAAGCGGAAAUUAAGAAAUAAAAAAAAAAAACGAUAAAAAAGACUUUUCUACAUUUUUAUAAAUAUCCUCAGAUGAAGGAGAAUACCUCAGAAAACCCGGUGUCCCUGUGAUUUCAUACCUGUCUAGCUCAAAUGUAUGUCUAUGUGAAAGUUUUGUAUUUAUAGGAUCAGAAGAUAUACCCACAAAUGCAAAAAAAAAAAAAUCAUGUCCAUACCCUCCACUCAACAAGUCUUUGUGGGAAGAGUUGCGAUAAUUUAAGUAUUAUUAUAUUUAUGUAUUUUUAAUACAUUUAAAUGGAACUCCAGAUGAGUCCACAUGAGUUUAGGCCACAUGAAAGAAUUUAACUUACUUUUUUUUUUAGAAUAUCUAAUCUAUCUAAUAAUAAUUUACCAUGUAUAGCAUGAUGUGAUAAUCAUGUUCCUUCAGGUAUGUACUGAAAAUAUAUUGAGGUAAAUGAAGUUAAAGAGAAUGAAGAACUACCGUUUCCAAAUGAAGUGUUUUCCUGUAUUUAAUCUAAAUGUAAUGUUUUUGCACAUCUGUACUGUUUUCAUACAAACCCUAAGUGAAAAUGUUUGAUGAAUGUUUGUGUGUAUGUGGUUGUGUGUGUAUGAGUGUGUGCGUGUGUGUAUGGUCUUUUUUGUGUGCAUACUUUUUAGGUUAUAUUGAUAUUGUUGAAACCCGCUAACGCUAAACUGCAAACAUUGCUAAACAUUAUCUUGCCUGAAAACCACUGAAUAAAUACUGUUAAUUUA